UAUUGUUUGGGAUUCCGUGGCGAGACGAUCGUUGAAAAAGUCGCGCGCGCUGCUAAAAUAAAUUUUAGAGAUUCACAAAGAAAUACAAUAUUAGCCAAAAACAAAACAAUAAAAGCACACACCAUUAAUAAUCCCCCUAAAAUAUUAAGACUUAAAUACGCAGACAAAAGCAAAUAAAACCCAAAGUAAAUACAUUUUAUUGGUGAAUAAUUAUACACAGUGACAAGAGUGCCAACACAUUUAAUACACACAACACAUUCGAGUGCUGGUAAAUAAAGCUGAAACUAGGCCAACAUUUAAAACAAAAUAUUACUCAUACGCCACCGGCACCGCAUUCAUUCCCCCAUCUCAGUUAUCAGUUUUUGAAUGAGCCCAAUGAGUGGACUGCGUCAACAGCUGAAGAUGCUGGGAACAGCUUUGCUGGGCAAGCGGGCCACCAAGUCUGUCAAAAAGAAACCAUUCACAGAGGUGGAAAUUAAAGAUCUACGCACAGCAUUCGAUCUACUAGACAGAAAUCGCGACGGUCGCGUCACCGCCAACGAGCUGCAGUUUAUGCUGAAGAACCUGGGCAUAAACGUGAGUGACGAACUCAUACACGAUCUCAUACGUGAGGCGAGCCACUCAGGCAAUGGCUUAAUCAACGAGGCCGAGUUCCUGCAGUGGGUGGGCAGGAUCCAGGCGCUGCGGGACGACCAGCAGUCACAUGAGGACAGCAAGGACAGCAAGCCGGUGGACGAGGCCGAUGAUGUCACCGAGGACUUGAUAGCCGCAUUUAGAGUAUUCGAUCGGGAUGGUAAUGGGUUUAUAACGCGCGACGAGCUGCAGACCGCCAUGGAGAUGAUUGGGGAGCCCUUGAACGAGCAGCAGCUGGAGCAGCUGCUGGUCAUCGCGGACUUGGAUCAGGAUGGGCGCAUCAAUUACGAGGAAUUUACGAGACUUUUGCUCUAAGCAGAUUAACGCCCACAAGGAGGCAUGGUUUAUACCCCGUAACCCCGAAACUUUCGAGUGGAUUGCAGCCCGAGUUACACCCCUUCAGCAUAAUUGUUAAGCUAUUAAGAAUAUACUCAGACAUGCAGAAAAUAAUAAUGCAACAAAAUGUGCAGAACGUAAUUGUUUGAAAAUUUUAUACAAAAAUAAAACUUAUUUAUACAAGGGUUUGAAAAAAGUGCAAGGCAGGCCACACACACACACCCAUAAAGUUUUAGUUUCAUCAAACACCCACAUACAUACGUACCCACACACACACAACAUAUUCAUAUGUAAAUUAGUUUCAAAGUUUUGUCGAUUGUAAAAAGUGAAUUAUUCAUUUUCCGUAUGAAUUAAGUUAAAUCAGCAUGUGCAAAAUUUAAAUGGAAAACUUUAGACUAAUUUUUGUAGACGAUUUGCAUCGCAAAUGAUUUAAAUCACACAGAGACACACACAUAACAUAAACAUAUAAAAUGCAUAUUCGGAUAAGUCUGAGCGCGUGAGUGAUAUUGUGUUUAGGGUGCUGCAAAAAUAAUGAGCAGGCAAACGGAGAAAUUACAAUUAAAAAUUACAUUAAAAAUAUAUCCGAAUUCGGAGAAGGUCAGCAACGUGGAUUCAUAUAUUUGUAUUUUAUUGUAGUUAUGCUGCUUUCAAUGUAUGCGUGUUUCAAAUACCCCAAAAACAAACAAAAAUUGUUUCAAAUUUGUUAGAAUAAGGAAAUAAAUGUUAACAAUUUAUAUAAGAAAACAGAAGAUUUAAUUUCAGUUGGGAAGUUACUCAGUAGAGCUGUCAAAUCAUCUGUAUUUGAAAAGAAAGAUUGAAAAAAAUGUAGGCUCAUGAUAAAAUAAAAAAUAAAUUUUUAAAGGAAAUUAACAAAAAUCCAACAAAUUGGGUACAUUUGAAGUAUUGAUGUUUUCCAACUCUAUUAUAUAGAAACAAAAAACAAUUAAGGCAAACAGAAAAAAUUAUAUUUAAUGUUAAAAAAACAUAAAUUACCUAUACCCAACAACCCGAAUAGAACAUUUCAGAGUUCUAAGAAAGCAUAGUUUAAAAUAGUAUUUUUUACAUUUAAAAAAUUUUAUUUUGUUUAUUUUUCAUUUUAUUUUCGAAAUUCAAGUCCAUUGCAUAUUGCCGUCCCAUAGAUAAUUCAACAAGAAAUACAAAAUAAUGUUUUAUAACAAUUACAACUCAUCGAUUUAAGGCAUUGCGGUUUCAAAUAAUAAGUUUUUAUUCAUUUCGUAUGCUCUUUUUUGAUAAAAGUUUAGACAAGUUGAAAUACAACAGAAAACCGAAUUAAGCAAAAAUAUAUUUAACAAAAGUGCUCUUUUGAAAAAUCAGUGAAACAAGAAUUAAAGUAUAUAUUUACAUUUAAAACAUUAUAUGGAUAAAGUUGGAAAAAGGAAAUAAUAAUCAGGUCAAAGGUACAAAAAUAGCAAAAUGGGUUAUAACAAGGAAGGCAAACCAGGAAACCAGAACUUUUGUAUGGUAUUUACAACAGGACUGCAAAGGCAAAGCAAAUUUAAACCUAAUCAAAAAUCAGAAACCUAAUCAAACUUAACUUUAGCCCAAAAUAUUGAAAAAUACCCGAUAAAUGUACUUAAAUUGAAGUAGUUUUUUAUGACCUCUAAAUGUGCUUAACAACUAUAUGCAGGACUAUAUACCUACCCAACAAUAUACUACUUAUAUACACAAUUACAUUAAACACAACAACUAAGACAUUAUCUGUAUGCGAACCUAAAAAGUGGUAGAUAUUUGGUUUAGGUAUAAAUGAUUUAAUAAUUUAUAAUUGCGAUUGCGAGACAGAAAACGAGAUGUGACAUAAUAAAUAACGGUACACCAACGCUCAA